CCAAUGGGGACCAAGUAAAGGAGUCGGAGCAAUUUUAUACUCAAAAAGCAUAAAUGAUGAAUUUUCAUUUCUCGGCGUUAUGAAUGGGAAGUAUGAGAGACCUGAAGAUAGAAGAAUCACUACUCCAGGAGGGUAUGUUGAUCCAGAUGAAGAAUUUGAAGAUGCAGCAAAGAGAGAAUUAAUUGAAGAAGGCCUAGCAAAUAAAAAGGUAGGGAAAGAAGAAAAAGCUGAAUUCGAAAAUAAACUGAAAACUCUCAUGGGAGAUGGAGAACUGGUGAUAUUUGGCUAUAAUGAUGCGAAAGAGGUGAUAGAAUUUUAA